GAAGCAAACGCGCCUCAAAAUGGCUUCCAACGAGAGGGUGGACACCACCUACAAAAUUGAUGCUCCAGCAGAGGAGACACCGCCGCGAACUCCGCCAGUAGUUUCACCAAGUAAUAAUGCACCAGAAAAGCUGUUCAUGCACAGCCAGGAACCGGCAUCAUCGAAAGAGGUACUUCACGAUGCACCUGAGGUAGUCGAGGACUGGCUUUCGUCUUCUCAAAGGCCAAAUUCCCCAUUUUCAGUAGACGAGACAGUUGUGUCCGGCUUCCAAUCCUUCCACCACGACAAGGACAAUAGGUCAGAGUCUCGUCGCGAAAGCGAAGUACCUCCAGAGAAGCCGAAGACAUGUGGCAUGCCGCGCAGAUACUUUAUGGCCCUGAUUAUAUUGAUUUGGGUCGUAUUGCUGGCGAUCGGCCUAGGGGUGGGUCUUGGUGUAGGUUUGAAGAAGAAGCAUGCAUCAAACAAACCGCCUGCCUUUGUCGAACCGUACUGCGCCGAUAAUCCCAAGCUUUGCAUCGGCGGAGCAUUGAGUUCAGAUUAUUAUACAACUAAUGGUACCUUCAAUGGUACUGGCAUUGCCCUAGCAACUGAGUUCUGGAACCACCAAGAGCGCAAGAUCAUGACGGUAUACUUCCAGCACUGGACGGGCGACAUCCGAUUAAUACAACUCACGGCAGAGGGCGAAUGGGUGGGUGGCACCAAAACUGAAACCAUCGUGACGGAUGCGAAAAACUCCACUCCAAUCUCAACCGUAUCUUACGCUGUCAAUGGGACUGCUCAGUGGCAUAUAUUCUAUCUUGAUGACAAAGGUCGGGUUCGCCAGAAAACAAACACCAACAACACCAACAUCUGGCAAGACGGACCUCUCAACGAACUCAACCUAACAGCCUACUCCGCACCCAAUGUCGGCCUCCAAGCUUGUUGGUAUGGUUCGUACUAUGGUGACUCGGACAGUAGCAAGUUCCCAACUCGAGAUGGGAAUAACAACACAAUACCUUUCAAUUCCGAUACCCAAGGUAUGCACCUGUGGUAUCCUACUGAUGACAAAACAUUCCACAUGUACGGCUGGUAUGAAGGGCAAGAGCAAUGGGCUGAGCAGCACGUAUUCGAAAAUAUGAACGCCCACGCCGGUGUAGGUUGCUACUCUUGGGGACCUGGAACUACGACGUACGCCAUGAUGGUCAACAACGAAAACACAGCCGAGAUAUGGUGGAAAGACACCAACUCAACCGGAGUGUCUACCGACGAGCACCCGAUCAACACAUGGGUGAACGCUACUGGUUACGCUAUCAACAAUGUAUAUCCAAGCACGUCGCUUGGUUUCACAGAAUACUUCUACACUCAGAUGGAUGAUGGGGAUAUCAUGGGCCACGAUAUUGAUUUCAAGUCUGAGAAGACGAAGCUCGUCGAUAAGGGGCUGUUCACCGUUGGUGGCGCGAGAGGUCCUAUUCCUGGUCUUAAUGGCACGCAUAUGAGUGUCACUGCCGUUGCUGACUUCAGUGGCGGUACCAGCCUCUACGUUUUCUAUCAAACGCGUGGUGAUGAUAUUAGCGUUUUUACCCGUGACAUAAAGGGAGGACAGUGGACGCAAGGGGAGUUGCCUAUUCCUGACGAUUGA